GGUUUAGUUUUAGCUGUUACUCGUGGUCUCUUGCCAGCUCGCGCAGAGUCUGAUGCGGGCUAACUACACUACUAGAUAGCAUGCGAGAGGCGAUACACGCCCUGCGUUGCAUCUUCUGGUGCCUCCGAAGUACGCAGAGCACGCGGAUCGAUCAGACCGCGCUUUGCAACGGAGCAGUUUCAGAGAAAACCCCACAAAUUUUCUGACCUUCAUCGCCCGUUCGGUAGGUGGUAUCCUUUGUGAGACGAAAGAACACUCGAGAAGUGAGAUGAAGAGUAACAGACAGACUGACAGAC